CAAUGUACCUUCACCUCUUUUGAGUGUCUUGAGAGGCUGUUCUCAACCCCGGCAGCCACUUCUGGGUCUGACAGAGGACAGGACUCUCCGGGCCAGUGGCAUCACCAUGGCUGCUAGCAGAGCAGUGUAGGGCUAAGCCACAUCUGCAGAUGCCUGACUGAGAGAUCCUGGAGAACAUAGAACUGGGGGAAGCGGUGGUGCACACAGGAGAGCAAGGCCAGCUUGAAUGCUGAUCCCAGCUGUAAAUCCCUCACUGUCCAUUUACAGCUGAUAAGAUCAGAGCCAGUGAAUUUUGGGGUUCAGGGACUUAGAGUCCUUCCAUCUCCUCUGCUGACCUUUCCGGAUGCUGAUGGGGACGUGGCGACUUCAGCUACGCGGCCGACGACUACGACGGCGAGGGCCAUGAGGAGCAGAAGGGGCCCCCCGAGGGCUCGGAGACCAUGCCGUACAUCGACGAGUCGCCCACCAUGUCACCCCAGCUCAGCGCCCGGAGCCAGAGCGGAGGGGAGAGCGUCUCCCCCACCCCACCCGAGGGACUGGCACCCGGGGUGGAAGCUGGGAAGGGCUUGGAGAUGAGGAAGCUGGUUCUCUCGGGGUUUCUGGCCAGUGAAGAGAUCUAUAUUAACCAGCUGGAAGCUUUGUUGCUGCCCAUGAAGCCCCUGAAGGCCACAGCCACCACCUCCCAGCCUGUGCUCACCAUCCAGCAAAUCGAGACCAUCUUCUACAAGAUCCAGGACAUUUAUGAGAUCCACAAGGAGUUCUACGACAACCUCUGCCCCAAGGUGCAGCAGUGGGACAGCCAGGUCACCAUGGGCCACCUUUUUCAGAAGCUGGCCAGCCAGCUCGGUGUGUACAAAGCAUUUGUGGAUAACUAUAAGGUGGCGCUGGAAACAGCGGAGAAGUGCAGCCAGUCCAACAACCAGUUCCAGAAGAUCUCAGAGGAGCUCAAAGUGAAAGGCCCCAAGGACUCCAGGGAUAGUCACACGUCAAUCACGAUGGAAGCUCUGCUCUACAAGCCCAUUGACCGGGUCACCAGAAGCACCCUGGUCCUUCACGACCUACUGAAACACACGCCUGUGGACCACCCUGACUACCCGCUGCUGCAGGACGCCCUCCGCAUCUCCCAGAACUUCCUGUCUAGCAUCAAUGAGGACAUCGACCCUCGCCGAACAGCAGUCACCACUCCUAAGGGGGAGACCCGGCAGCUGGUGAAGGAUGGCUUCCUGGUGGAAGUGUCAGAGAGCUCUCGGAAGCUGCGGCAUGUCUUCCUCUUCACAGACGUCCUGCUGUGUGCAAAGCUGAAGAAGGCAUCAGCAGGGAAGCACCAACAGUACGACUGCAAAUGGUACAUUCCUCUGGCUGACCUGGUGUUUCCAUCCCCCGAGGAGUCUGAGACCAGCCCUCAGGUGCACCCCUUCCCAGACCACGAACUGGAGGACAUGAAAAUGAAGAUCUCUGCCCUCAAGAGUGAAAUCCAGAAGGAGAAAGCCAAUAAGGGGCAGAGCCGGGCCAUCGAGCGCCUGAAGAAGAAGAUGUUUGAGAAUGAAUUUCUGCUGCUGCUUAACUCGCCCACCAUCCCCUUUCGGAUCCACAAUCGGAACGGAAAGAGCUACUUGUUCCUGCUGUCCUCAGACUACGAGCGUGCUGAGUGGCGAGAGGCCAUCCAGAAGCUCCAGAAGAAGGAUCUCCAGGCCUUUGUCCUGAGCUCAGUGGAGCUCCAGGUGCUCACAGGAUCCUGUUUCAAACUUAGGACUGUGCACAACAUUCCCGUCACCAGCAAUAAAGAUGAUGAUGAGUCUCCAGGUCUCUAUGGCUUCCUCCACGUCAUUGUCCACUCAGCCAAGGGGUUCAAGCAGUCAGCCAACCUCUACUGCACCCUGGAGGUAGAUUCUUUCGGCUAUUUUGUCAGCAAAGCCAAAACCAGAGUGUUCCGGGACACGACUGAGCCCAAGUGGGAUGAGGAGUUUGAGAUCGAGCUGGAAGGCUCCCAGUCCUUGCGGAUCCUGUGCUAUGAGAAGUGCUAUGACAAGACCAAGGUCAACAAGGACAACAAUGAGAUCGUGGACAAGAUCAUGGGCAAAGGGCAGAUCCAGUUGGAUCCACAAACGGUCGAGACCAAGAACUGGCACACAGAUGUGAUUGAGAUGAAUGGGAUCAAGGUAGAAUUCUCCAUGAAAUUCACCAGCCGAGACAUGAGCCUGAAAAGGACCCCCUCCAAGAAGCAGACGGGUGUCUUUGGCGUGAAGAUCAGCGUGGUGACCAAGCGGGAGCGCUCCAAGGUCCCGUACAUCGUGCGGCAGUGUGUGGAAGAGGUGGAGAAGCGGGGCAUCGAGGAGGUGGGCAUCUACCGCAUCUCGGGCGUAGCCACGGACAUCCAGGCGCUGAAGGCCGUCUUUGAUGCCAACAACAAGGACAUCCUGCUGAUGCUGAGUGACAUGGACAUCAAUGCCAUUGCCGGCACCCUCAAGCUCUACUUCCGGGAGCUACCUGAACCCCUCCUCACAGACCGGCUUUACCCCGCCUUCAUGGAGGGCAUUGCCCUGUCAGACCCUGCUGCCAAGGAAAACUGCAUGAUGCACCUGCUGCGCUCUCUGCCCGACCCCAACCUCAUCACCUUCCUCUUCCUGCUGGAGCACUUGAAAAGGGUUGCUGAGAAGGAGCCCAUCAACAAAAUGUCCCUGCACAACCUGGCCACUGUGUUCGGGCCCACGUUACUGAGACCCUCUGAGGUGGAGACCAAAGCACACCUCACAUCUGCCGCCGACAUCUGGUCCCACGACGUCAUGGCUCAGGUCCAGGUCCUCCUCUACUACCUGCAGCACCCCCCCAUUUCCUUCGCGGAACUGAAGCGGAACACACUGUACUUCUCCACCGACGUGUAACUGAGGGGCUGCGGCUGCUGGGGGUGGCCCAAGCCAGCCGCUCCAGCCAGGGACCCAACAGACUCAGACACCACAGUCGAGCACUCCCCUGCCCAGCACUCCCCAGGACACAGACUUCCAAGAACUGGAACUUGUGCAUCUUUUGUGCCACUUGUACAGAGCAGCCGCCCCAGCCCAGCUGCAUCCCGGCUCUUGCCUCUGCACCUCAUCUCCCGCUCCGUGCUGUUCCGGAUCAUUGUUUCAUGUCUCUGUCAUUCAGAAAAGGUAGUGACUGACUCGCUGUGGCACUCAGAUGGCCUGAUUGGUUCUUUCAUUUCCUCCCCCAUCUUCUUUCUUUCCGAGUCUAGUCCAACAGCUUGAUUCUGUGCUGUCACAGCUGCCAGUUUCUCAUCUCUUGGCCCUGCUCCCAGGUUGUCCUGCAGCUUCCUUCACUGCCCCUGCCACCCUGCUUGCAUGCAGCCUCGGUCUGUGCUGGGCACUCAGAGGGUGGCAGCGCAGCCUGUCUGGGCCCCUCUCGCUGCCCACUCCCGCCCAGCCUUCCACUCACCCCCACCAGGGGCCACACUCGCUUUGCCUUGCUAACGUGCAAAUGUUGGACAUGGAGACAAACUCACAUUCACCCUCCCUCGGCCCAGCAGAGCUGGAGAACACAGCUGGGGUUCCCACUGAACAAUCUCCCGGACUGGG